UAUUAACUUAUGAUUUGAUAUAUCGCAUAUAUAUUGUACGGAAUAACCUAGUUGUUGUGGAAUCUUUUUUUUCGAAAUGUCUAACGACACUGGGAAUUCCGUGGCUGCAUUAUUCAGCGGUAAGGAUAACUCUGCUACCUCGGUGUCUAAGCCUGUAUGGGAAGAUGACGAUUUGGAUGAUAAGUCUCGUUCGGGACAUUUACAGGCUACCUCUGAACCCGAAUGGGUUCAAAAGCGCCGUCGUAUGAUAUCGGAAUCGGUUAAGAACGUGCCUGGUGAUCAGGAUGCUACAUCCAGUACAGAUGUAGCUUCAAGUUUAACAGGGCGGCUAACACAGACCAAGCCUCGAAAACGCGGUUCCGGGAUGCGAUUCAUGAUACAGAGGCACAACAUAUCUCAUCUCAAUUUAAAUAUGUCUACCGGUGUAAACCAAUUAGCGUUUGACGAGAGCAACUCAUUGUUUGCUAUACUAGGUCGCCGUGAGAAGACGAUACGGCUGUUUAACAUUGACAAACACCGUAGUGAGGGUAACCACUUUGGUUUAAAGUCUGAGAGUUCAUGUGCUCCUACGUCUAAUCGUCCGAUAUCUAGCUUUGCUUUUGCGGAUGGCGGGAAAACAAUUUACAUAGUUGAUGGUCACAACUCUGUGUUACGUUACGACUGUGAGCAUGGUGCUGCAGUUCGUCUUGCCAAUAUAACUUCGAUGCGUACUGCUUACAGUUUCCGUCGUGUUCACACCCCUCCAGUUUUAGAUGACCAGAAUGGUACUGUAUUUGCUUUAAGUUGUAGUGAUUUGGGUGGAGUUUUACUUUGUGAUUCUAGAUCGAGUUCAAUCGCACAUCACUUCCAGAUGAAUGCCACUGCUAUUGGUGUUGGAUACCACUUACGUGCGGGUGUUGUUGUAACAGCGGAUGCGGAUGCUAAUAUAUAUGAGUGGGACUUGGUAUCAGGUCGCUGUUUACAUAAAUUUCAUGAUGAGCAUACUCUCCAAUUAAGUUGCAUUGAGAUGUCACCCACGGUGAGUGCCGAGUUUGCUUCCAAUGCAUACCUUGCUGUUGGAUCACGUAUGGGUUUUUUAAAUCGGUAUCCCGUGUUACAUUCCGAGGACAGUACGCGUUCGUCAAUAAUCCAUCAGAGUUUGCUAAAGACUUAUGGUAACUUGUCUACUGGGAUAACUAGCAUAUGUCACGACAACAAGGGGAUCUUCAUCGCCUACGCUUCGGACCAGCAGCGUAAUGCUUUGCGCAUAAUUCACAAUCCCAGUGGCCAGGUGGUGAGCAAUUGGCCGGUGGAGACUAUUAAUUUGGGUCGUGUUACCUCUGUGGCAUUUGCUCCUCGUUCUAGCACAUUAGCAGUUGGUAACCGUUCUGGCAGGGUACAGUUAUUUGGCAUAUUAACAUGUUAGACCUGAUUAUAGAUAUCCUUAAUAUCAUUUUGCUAUUGUGAUAUAUAUUACUUGUUUAGU